AUGCUACCGACGUUUUCUCCUAACCUUAUUCUGGAAUUUUGGCUACGUAAUAUAUCGGUCAUCCUCUUCUUGAACAAGCAGGACCUUCUGGCUGAAAAGGUGUUGGCUGGCAAAAGCAUGAUCGAGGAUUACUUUCCCGAUUAUGCCAGAUACAAUCCUCCAACAGACAGUAAGUUUUGUAGAUUAGUAUGUUAUUAUAUCCUAUAA